UGGUGGUGGAGCUGGUGGUGGUGGUGGUGGAGCUGGUGGUGGUGGUGCUGCUGCGUGGUGGUGGAGCUGCUGCGGGGUGGAGAAGCUGAGCUGCUGACAGAGGUGUUUGGCACGCUUCAAGGGUGAGCAGAUAUGUCAGAUAGAGUAAAAUUCGUUGUUUACUUCGGUCAUGGCACGGUCCGAACAACUCCGAUGGGAGCUGAUCUGAGCGAGUUUCAGUGUGAGGAUUUGCAUCUGACAAACCCAAAAACAUGGCGAGUUAGUCAGUUGAAGGAGUGGUUGACCGUGAAUUUCGGGCUUAAUCCCGAAGCAUACACUGUUGGUGUGCAUGCUUUGUGGAGCAGCUCUAGUACCCAGAUUUUCUGGCGGUUGAAGCCGAUUGAGCGGACCUCUCAGUGGGUGCACUGGUUGGAAGCGUGCGAGCGCAGGGGAACUCACCCCAUCGCCUUAAUGCUUCCCGAGGCGAAGGUGGUGAAUUUCCAAGAAGGCGAGGGUGCGUUCCAUCCAGGCCAGAGCAGUCAAAGUUCUGAUGCUGGCGGCAGCAGUUUCCAAUCCGGGCAGAGUAGCCAUGCAGCAGGUGGUCAUGACGAUACUGUUGAGCUUGAAAGCGUGGACGAAGAAGAAGAACAGAUGCAGAACAUGAUGGACGAGGAAGACGAGGAUGGAGUGGACAAUGAGGUUGACUCAGAUGAAUCCGGUGGAUCCGAUACUUCAGAUGAUAACGAAGAGGCGGAUCCGAUCCCCUCUUCUUGGAACCAUGAUUUGUCGGAGGCAAUGAUAGUCGAUGAUCGGCACGAUUCUGCCUGGGAGUACAGCAUGAACACCAUCUCGGUUGGUGCUAGAUAUGCCGACAAGAGACAUCUGCAGAAGCAAUCACUCGAUGGGCAAUGA